AUGGCUAAUGUUUUAGAUGUGUCUACUGAUGACAACCUUCAGUACCAGUUUUUCCCAGUCUCCAGUGGGUCGGUGCAGUUCAAGGUCAGGACUGCCAACGAUGCCCACAUUGCACUCACCAUGGGUCCCCAAGAAUCGGAUCCCAUGUAUGAGAUAUUUAUCGGAGGAUGGGGUAAUGCAAAGAGCGUAAUCAGACGAAACCGCACCAAACCAGACAAAGUAGAAAUUGAGACCCCUGGAAUUGUUAACGCGGGAGAAUUUCGCGGCUUCUGGGUGCGGUGGGACGGCGGCAUUGUGUCCGCGGGGCGGGAGGGUGAAGCAAUCCCGUUUAUAUCGUGGUCGGACCCAGAACCUUUCCCCGUCGCCUUCGUCGGCGUCUGCACUGGCUGGGGCGCCACCGGCACCUGGAAGAUUGAGGAUGGAGCUGAGUUCGAUACUCCGGACAAGUUAGAGUACAAGUUCGGACCGGUAGCAGCUGGUUCGAUCGAGUUUGAUUUUCUCGGCCCUCACAACUGCCACGUCUGCUUGACGACCGCACCCGCCGAAGUUGAGCCUAUCUACGAACUCAUCCUCGGUGGAUGGGAGAACAGCCAGUCUGUUAUUAGAUACUGUAAACAGAAACCCGAAAAGGUGACCGUUCCGACGCCGGGCCUAAUGAAUGCGAACGACUUUAAAAAAUUUAUUAUCGAAUGGCGUUGUGGCAGACUAACAGUCCGCGAUGGACAGUCGGGGGAGGUGAUCAUGAGCUGGGUAGAUCCCGCACCCUUCCCCGUCACCCACUUCGGAGUCCGUACAGGAUGGGGCGCCCGUGGAAUUUGGAAAAUUAUUCAUUUCAACAAAAAUGGCACAGCCCAACCCCUCCCACCGUCGGCGCCUUCAGCAGCCGCACUAUAUGCACCUCCCCCUGGCUACCCCGGCGGCGCUGCCCCGGUCGGAGGCGCUGGCAUCUGGGUGGAUGCUUCUUCCGGACAAUUGCCCCCAGGAGCUGUUGUAGGCGGCCAAGAUUGCAACGGAGAGCCAAUUUACGUGGUCAGAGCGCAACAUGAAGGUGCGCUGAUACCGGGUAAAUUAGUAGCCUCACAUGGAUGUGCUUAUGUACCUUGGGGAGGUGUGGAAAAUGGAAAACCCGAGUACCAAGUCCUGGUGGGAGGUCCCAGUAACUGGGUGCCAACGAGCGGGUCCAACGUUCCGCCAGGCGCGUUCCCAGGAGGUGAGUCUGAAGAUGGAGAGCCUCUAUACAUCGGCAGAGUCCGCCACGAAGGCAGCAUCACGACAGGAAAGGUUCAGCAGACACACGGUGUUUGUUACAUUUCAUUUGCGGGUCAAGAACUUGGUUUCCCUGAAUACGAAAUCCUCAUGGCUUAA